AUGGCUUCCGGAGGCAAGGGCACGCGAUGGGGCUCUCUGCUCUCGCAGGCCGUCGCCGGCGUCGAGGCCCGUCUCGACACCAUGCUUGCCGAGGCAGACGAAAUGUCCAAGCAGCCAAAGUCACCGGGCGCACCCCAGUCGCCGGCCAAGCAGAGCUCCACCUCUGUACGGUCCGGCUCGUCUAGUCGGGUCAACGAACGGCUUCAGGAGCGCCUGGCCCGAGCAGUGGCCGCCAAAAAUGCGGGCAGUUCCCGCGGACAGUCGCCAGCACCUUCGUCUACAGCAGCCAACAGCCCGCGGCAAAGCGUCGACAUUGCCAGCCGAACGUCUCUCGACGGCGCUCGACCGGUCUCCAAGGAUAAGGAGCCGGUUGAAACCACACGCUUAUCUACAGACAGCGCGAGGAGCCCACCCUCGACAAUGGAUACCCAAAAUGAGAGCAACGGGGACGGGACGGAGGCAAGUGGUGCUACAGAGAUCACCCAAACGGACACGGCAGCACUAGCACCAGCGGCAGAAUUGGAGAUCGCAACCAGUACGACGUCACCAGUGCCAGCAGAAGGUACCUUGGAACCUGGCAGUAUCACGGAUGAGGAUAGCGCGCAACUCGCCAAGACGCUCCAGGAGGCACUCUUGAAGGAACAGCAAGAGCACCAGGAAGAAACACACCAGUUUACGGAAAAGAUAGAUGCGCUGCAGGCGAAGCUGCAAUACAUGUCGCGCGAGGCGGCAGAGGCGGCCAAAAAGGCCGGACAGGCAGCAACACCGGGCAGCUUGGAGAAGAAGGUGGCGGAGAAGGACCAGCAGAUCGCGGCGCUGAUGGAGGAGGGCAAGAAUCUGGGAGUUACAGAGCAGAAGCACCGGGCACUGCUAAAGAAGCUGCGGACGAAGAUGGCCGAAGACGAGAAGGCGGCGGGCGAGCUGCGGGCAGCACGAACCAAGGCCGAGGCGGAGCUACAGACGCUACGACCCAAAGCACGACGGGUGACAGAAUUGGAGAAGAUGCAGGAGGACGGCCGGCGACAACUGGCACAGGCACAGACGGACCUGGCAGAGGCAAGGGCCGGGCUGACAGCACGAGAGGGCACGGUGGCAGCUCUGCGGUUGCAGCUGGAGGAAGCCAUCGAGCGGGCUGACAAGGCAGCCGCCAAGGUGCAAGACGAGGCUCUGGAGGCGGCACGCAAGCAGAUAAAGGAGCUCGAGGAGCAGGUAGCGACGCUGAGGCUGGAAAAGUCGCUGACUGCCGAUCGGGCGAAAGCGCAGGUUGAAGAGUGGCGCGAGAAGGCAGAGCGAGCUGAGGAGCGGGCGCGCAUUGCUGAGGUCGAGGCGAUGGCGGAGGUGCAGGUGAUGGAGGGAAAGCUGGAGGCGACACGGGCGCGGGCCGAAGAGGCAUCGUCGGGCGCGCAGGGCGACUCGCAGGCGAAGCUGCUGCGGCAGGUGGAGACUCUACAGAGCCAGUAUGCGAUUGCGAGCGAGAAUUGGCAGGGCAUCGAGGCGACGCUGCUGUCGCGAGUAUCUGGGCUGGAAACCGAGCGUGACGAGGCACAGCAGCGGGAGUCGGAGAUGCGGAAGAAGGCACGAGAAGCGGCGCUGCGUGCCAAACGUCUGGAGGAGGAGCUCGAAGAUGUGCAGUCGAAACUGCCGCGAGCAGAAGAAGCGGUCGGCGCACAUGAGACGCGGAUUGCGGCUCUGAACAGACGGGCGGAAGAAGCAGAGGCAGCUUUACAGCAGGCCCGGGCCGAGCUGGAUAGCCAGAGGGUGCAGGCACGCAAAAGACAGGAGCAGCAGCUGGAGCAGGAGCUCGAACAGGAGCAAGAACAAGAGCAAGAGCGCGAGCGCGAGCGAGAGCAGGGGCGAGGUCGAGGACCGACAGAUCUUCGACGCACCUGGCUUGACGACCUGCCGGGUCGCAGCAGCAGCAACAGCCGGCCCGAGUCGCCGCUGGUGCAGGGAGGCGGUGGAGUGACGCCCGGAAUGCCGACGCGGACAUGGAGCUCCGACUUUCUGGGGUUGCAGGGCCUUCCGAACAAGCUUCGCAAGACGUCGACGCCGUCGAGCCACGGCGACGCAGCCGAGCGGUUCUCGCUGCGGCGGCCGUCGGGACAGCCGCCGCUGUCGUCAGUGAUGUCAGUGAUGUCAGUGAUGUCGCCCAUGGCCAUGUCGCCGACGGCAAUCGGGCCCGAAGACGCGGUGGAUGAGCCGGAUCGAUCAGCAUCACCGCAGCUGCACAUGAUGGGAGGCAGCGGUGGUGGUGGUGGCGGUGGCAGCGGCGGCACACCACAGCAGACGGACCUGGUGUCGGUGUCGACGGUGGCGGCAGGCCCGUCGGUGCAGCUGGUGGAGCGGAUGAGUGCGGCCAUCCGACGGCUCGAAAGCGAAAAGGUGGCCGCGCGCGAGGAGCUGGCACGCAUCUCGAGCCAGCGCAACGAGGCGCGCGCCGAGGUGCUGGCGCUGCUCAAGGACGCCGAAGCCGGCCGAGCGGCAGCCGAUCGGGUGGCCACGCUCGAAAAGGACGUCAGCGCGAUGCAGGAGCGCUACGAGACCACGCUGGAGCUGCUCGGCGAGAAGAGCGAGCUGGUCGAGGAGCUGCAGGCAGACGUGCAGGAUGUCAAGGCCAUGUACCGGGACCUGGUGGAGCGGUCGAUCAAAGGACAGCAGAGGCAGGAACUCAAGCAGGCAGGGACGGACAGCAACGGCGCCGGAUCGGGAAGGCGCCAGGGAGGAGCAGAAACGCCCCAGUGUAUUUUAUAG